AUGACUAAAUCAUUUGCAACAUUUACAGAUAUAGAUCUUACUAAGGAAGAAGUAUUGGAAUGCUCUUACUCUGUUUGGUCACCUUACUUCCCCCAGAAUACAUUCCCAUCAAAGAUUCUAAAACCCGUCCCCCAACUAUUCUUGAAAUAUUUAGAAAGCGAAAGUAUAAAGUUACCAUCCGAUGGGAAUGUAACGUUGGAGUUAAAUAGCGACAAUGAAUAUAGUGAUUGGGAGGAUGAGGAAGAUGAACAGAAAGGAGGUUAUAUACUGGAUGAUUACGUCAAAGAAGAGAUCACAGUUUCACAGUUUCAAUCGUUCCAUGAAGAGAUAAUACAAAGUCUUGAUUCCCUUGGAGGAAAAGUAAUUCCAAAACUUAACUGGUCCUCUCCUAAAGAUGCAAGAUGGAUAAUGCCGGGGAAUACAAUCAAAUGUACUUCAGUCAAUGACAUAUAUUUAUUACUAAACGCAUCUGAUCAUAUUGUUGAUGAUCUUGAGUCCGCAUUCCUGGCUGUGAAGCCUAUUCCAGAAGCAAGUGAGAUAGAGUACGAACUAGUCCUAAAAGAAUGGCGGGAUGUGAAUCCAGCUCUAGAAUUCAGGGUAUUCAUUAAGGAUGAUAAGAUCUUAGGUAUCUCUCAAAGAGACCUCAACCAUUAUGAUUAUCUCGAAUCUAUUCGCGAUGAGCUCAAUGACAAAAUCCAACUGUUCAUAUAUGAGAAGGUUAUACCUACUGUCGGAAUCCACACUAUUUUAUCGAAAUAUAUUGUGGAUGUAUAUAUCCCAAGGCCAUUUGAUAAAGUAUACAUUAUAGACAUAAAUCCAUUCUCACGUAAAUCCGAUUCAUUGCUAUUUACAUGGAAUGAGUUGUUAGUUCGAGACACAUCAGCGAUUCAUGAUGAUGAUUAUGCGUUCAGAUUGAUAAAUGAAACAAAUAUGGGUGCCUUUGCAAAGAAAGCAUAUAGUGAGUCGCAAGUACCGUUAGACGUCGUGGGCGCCAGUAUGGAUACUGAGGCGAUGAUUGAAUUAGCACGCGAAUGGAAUAAUUUACAAGUUCUGGGAAAUAUACUGGAUUAG